AUGAUCCAAGUAAGGCUAACAAGGGAAAGUCCGAAACAUGACUUUGAGGUCCCCUUAGGCCGUAAAAGGCGUCAAGCACUUACCUUGGACGAUGGAUACUACUCCACACCUAAAAUGCUUAAAAUGCUCACUUUAAUGGCUUCUCUGUCAAAUACUGCAUCAACAUACACUGCAUUUCCGUACUCUCAUCAUCACCGCAAGCUGCACAUAAGAGCUUCUUCUGCUGCACCAGGUGUUGACCUCAAGACUCUUGAAUCUGCACUUGCUAAGAAAGACAGUAAUGCUGUUAAAGAGGCACUUGAUCAGCUAAGGGAAAUUGGUUGGGCUAAGAGAUGGAGUUCUCAGCCGUAUGUCUCUCGCCGUACGGUCAGUCUCCAUUACAAGUAUGAAACAUCUAUUCGGGAGCUAACAACUCUUGGAAUUAAGAAUUCAGAGAACCUGGCAAUUCCAAGCGUUAGAAAUGAUGCAGCUUUUCUUUUCACAGUGGUGGGAACAACAGGCUUUUUGGGAGUCCUUGCUGGCCAGCUUCCUGGGGAUUGGGGCUUCUUCGUGCCAUACUUGGUUGGAAGCAUUUCUUUAAUAGUCCUGGCUGUGGGGAGUAUUUCUCCUGGGCUUCUUCAAGCUGCUAUUAGUGGUUUCUCCGCAUUUUUUCCUGACUAUCAAGAGAGGAUAGCUAGACACGAAGCAGCUCAUUUUUUAAUUGCCUACUUGCUUGGACUUCCUAUUCUGGACUACUCGUUAGAAAUUGGAAAAGAGCAUGUCAAUCUCGUUGAUGAAAAGCUCGAAAAGCUGAUAUAUAGUGGGCAGCUUGAUGCUAAGGAAUUAGAUAGGUUGGCUGUUGUAGCAAUGGCUGGACUUGCCGCAGAGGGUCUGCAAUAUGACAAAGUGGUCGGCCAAUCUGCUGACCUUUUCAGUCUACAGAGAUUUAUAAAUAGAAGCAAACCACAGCUUAGCAAAGACCAGCAACAGAAUCUUACCAGAUGGGCUGUUUUAUUUGCGGGAUCUCUCAUUAAAAAUAACAAGGCACUUCAUGAAGCCCUGAUGGCAGCAAUGUCAAAUAAGUCGACUGUAUUAGAAUGCAUUCAAACGAUUGAGAAAGCUGCAUAA